GCCCUUUGCCAUGUGCCAAACAUCGAUUCCCCCGUCCGGGAUUAGCCCGGCUGCUUGCACGGCGGGGGACACCGAGGGUGGCGGGCUCCGGCCCAGUCCGGGCGCGCCGUUCAACAGCUUCAACAAUCGUCAUCACCGGGGAAUCCAAAAACAGCCCCGGGACAGCCGGGGUCGGCGCGCCGCCGACCGACAGGGCACAGCCCGCUCCCCCCGAUCAUCCCCCCGGCGCGGGCCCCUUCCCCAGCGCCGCCCCCGCCGCCUUUGUGCGCGGCGCGGGGCAGCCCCGCGCCCGCCUGCGCCCGCCCCCGGGUGAGGCGUUGGGAGACGGUCCCUUACGCAGGAAAGUUCGGCGUCGGUUUCAAGGCUCCUCCCUCCGGUGAAGCAGACUGCGGGGCGCCUGGAAACCGGUCGGAGGGAGCGCGGCGCGGCGAGGCGAGGGGCGCGGGCUCGAGGGGCCGGCACAAAUGGUCAGGCGGCGGCGGCGGAGGCGGCGGCGGCGGCGGUAGUCGGAGGCGCGGAGGACGCUGCCGCCGGUGCGGGCAGAGCUGCGCGCUGCGCUCCGCGGCCGCGUGAGCGGCGGCCGGGGCUGCCCCGUCCUUGCCCGCCGCUCCCUUCAUGAGUCGCAAGUUCGGGUCGGGAGGAGCAGCGGCGGCGGCGGCGGGGCGGCGGGAGCCCGGCAGGGCAGGCGGCACCGACUGAGCAUGGCCGAGUGGCGCGGGCCGGCGGUGAGCGGCGGCGGGGAAGUUGGCAGCGGCCGGUGCCCGCGGCUGCCGCUGCUGCUGGCGCUGCUGUGGGCGGCGGCGCUCCCGGCCGGGGGGCAGCUGCCGGCGUCGCAGUACAACGGCGAGCGGGGCAUCUCCAUCCCCGACCACGGCUACUGCCAGCCCAUCUCCAUCCCUCUCUGCACUGACAUCGCCUACAACCAGACCAUCAUGCCCAACCUGCUGGGCCACACCAACCAGGAGGACGCGGGGCUGGAGGUGCACCAGUUCUACCCGCUGGUGAAGGUGCAGUGCUCGGCCGAGCUCAAGUUCUUCCUGUGCUCCAUGUACGCGCCGGUGUGCACCGUGCUGGAGCAGGCCCUGCCUCCCUGCCGCUCCCUCUGCGAGCGGGCCCGCCAGGGCUGCGAGGCCCUCAUGAACAAGUUCGGCUUCCAGUGGCCCGACACGCUGCGCUGCGAAAAGUUCCCGGUGCACGGGGCUGGCGAGCUGUGCGUGGGGCAGAACGCCUCCGAGCGCGGCACCCCCACGCCCGCGCUGCGCCCCGAGAGCUGGACCAGCAACCCGCACCGCGGGGGCGCCGGCGGCGGCCCCGGGGGCCCGGGGCCCGGCGAGCCCCGCGGGCGCUUCACCUGCCCGCGGGCGCUGAAGGUGCCCUCGUACCUGAACUACCGCUUCCUGGGAGAGAAGGACUGCGGGGCGCCCUGCGAGCCCGGCCGCCUCUACGGGCUCAUGUACUUCGGGCCCGAGGAGCUGCGCUUCUCCCGCACCUGGAUCGGCAUCUGGUCCGUGCUCUGCUGUGCCUCUACCCUCUUCACCGUCCUCACCUACUUGGUGGACAUGAAGCGAUUCAGCUACCCCGAGCGGCCCAUCAUCUUCCUCUCGGGCUGCUACACGGCGGUGGCCGUGGCCUACAUCGCCGGCUUCCUCCUGGAGGAGAGGGUGGUCUGCAACGAGCGCUUCGCCGAGGACGGUUCCCGCACCGUGGCGCAGGGCACGAAGCGGGAGGGCUGCACCAUCCUCUUCAUGAUGCUCUACUUCUUUGGCAUGGCCAGCUCCAUCUGGUGGGUCAUCCUCUCCCUUACCUGGUUCCUUGCUGCUGGCAUGAAGUGGGGCCAUGAGGCCAUUGAGGCCAACUCCCAGUACUUUCAUCUGGCCGCCUGGGCCGUGCCGGCCAUCAAGACCAUCACCAUCCUUGCCCUGGGACAAGUGGAUGGCGACGUCCUCAGCGGCGUCUGCUUUGUGGGCAUCAACAACGUGGAUGCCCUGAGGGGCUUUGUGCUGGCCCCCUUGUUCGUCUACCUGUUCAUCGGCACCUCUUUCCUGCUGGCUGGCUUUGUGUCCCUCUUCAGGAUCCGGACCAUCAUGAAGCAUGACGGCACCAAGACAGAAAAGCUGGAGAAGCUCAUGGUUAGGAUAGGCAUCUUCAGCGUCCUCUACACAGUGCCGGCCACCAUCGUCAUUGCCUGCUAUUUUUACGAGCAAGCUUUUAGGGAACAGUGGGAGAGGAGCUGGGUCACGCAGAGCUGUAAGAGUUAUGCCAUUCCCUGCCCCAACAACCACAGCGGCCACCACCCGCCCAUGAGCCCCGACUUCACUGUCUUCAUGAUCAAGUAUCUCAUGACCUUAAUCGUGGGCAUCACCUCGGGCUUCUGGAUCUGGUCUGGGAAAACUCUGAACUCCUGGAGGAAGUUUUACACCAGGCUCACCAACAGCAAGCAGGGCGAGACCACGGUCUGAGACCCCUGCUUGCCAGGCUAGGGAGAUGCGGGCAGGCGGAGGACUGAGGCUCUGCCUCGGGAAGCAGCUCCUUAUCCAGGCCUGGGCAAACUUUUGGGACUGCGAGUGGCUUCUGCAGGCGGCGGGGAGCGGAGGACGAGCUAGGGGGACCCCAGUGCCUGGGGUCUCCAGGCUUUGCCCUCCCCGUCCUGCUCGGGCUGUCUCCUGUAGGAGCUGAACGCACUGUCAGGUUGGGGGAGAGGGAUGUAAAUAACCUCUGUAAGAUUUUGUAAGUAUAUUUGUAUUUAAAUUACAAAAACUCACUUUUUUUUUAAUUAUUUAGGACACUUCUAACCCGUUUGCGGAUUUUACUUCCUCGCUUAUCUCCCCCCCUGAUUUUUUUUUUUUCUUAAUUUAAAGGAAAAAAAGGCUUUGGAUUUUUAUUCGUAGGGCAGGAUGGGAAAAGCUGCCGGUAAGAGAAUCGAAAACAAACCCCCUUCCCCCCCACCAGGUUUUGUAAUGGCUUUGCUUGGAAUUUCAGCUGCUUGAGCAGGAGGGCGCGGAGCGGGGCCGGUAGCGUGGAGGUGGGGAUGGGGAGGAGCGCCGCUUCCCGCCCCGGUCCCGGUCCCGGUCCCGGUCCCGUCUGGGGAGCUCCGACCCCGCCCGGUCCCGUACGGGGAGGACGGAGGAGUGUCCGAGCAUGGCGCUGCGCCGAGCCCCGGCCCCGCUGGCCCCCGCCGGCCUUUCUGGGGCACAGACAGCAGCCGAGCUCGGGGCGGCCGCUCUGAGCGGGAGAGCCCCGGCGGUGCCCGGGUGCCGGGGCUGGCCGUGCCGCGCACGGCCCGGUUCGGUGUUCGACUCGGGGUUCACACCGCCUGCACCUGUAGCACCUCCGAUGGCUCAGGAGGUGGAUGGCGGCAGAGAUACAGCGAGAUGCCCUUCUGCUGGGGUUUUUCUCUAAGCCCACUCUCCAGUCCGGGGCGCCCCGCGGGCGCUCCUGCCGCCGCCUGCCCCGGUGCCUCCCCGCCGGGCUGCUGCCGGCUGGGGUCAGCAGGAUCAGGAAAUACGGGCUCGGUGAAAAGAGCUUCAUCGGAAUAAAACGCCGCAUUCAGUUUGGGGCUUUUGUUUGUUUCCUCCCUGCCCCCUAGUUAUAUUCAUACACGGCUCUUCAUAUGGGAAACGUUGGAGCCAUUGCCAUUCCUCUGAAUUUUAAUUCAUUGAGAUUUAAAUCAUUGCACGUUAUGAGGGUGUGAUGAGUUUUGCCAGUAGUAAAAACAAUGGAAAGGAAAACAGUAAAGCAGAAUGCUUAAGCAUUCUGGUGAGAUGUGAGACCUGAAAGAGCCUCUGCUGUCUUUUUUCGCCUCUUUUUUCGGUACAGAAAUAACAUUGCAUACUGCAAGGAUAAGAUACCUGUGUGCAGUAUAUCAGCUACCUUGUAUGCUCCUGGGUGUGUGGGAUUGUGCUUCUAAUACGUUUAAAAAGUUAAAGACGAAAUUGUAACUUUCAACAGAUGCAUUUGAAUAUGUAGACCUCUGUAUGAAAAACAGCAGAAUGCUUCUCUCCUGAUUGUAUUGUUUUAAACUUUUUUUAAUAUUACAAAUGCCUGUAUUUAGGUUCAUAAACAUUAUCUAUGGCUACCAUACCCUGAAAUGCAAAAUUAUUUUAAUUUGGUAUGCAUUUAUUUCUGUUCAUUAUCACGAGAUCAUCUAUAUUUAUAGAGGAAUAGAAAUUUAUAUAUAUUAAAUACCAUAUUUUUAAUUUCUCUGAAAUAAAUUGAGGUUUUGUACAAAAGUA